AUGGCCAAGCUCACUUUGCUUACUGGUCUGGUUCUCCUGCUGAACGCCCAGAUAGGCACUGCCUAUGUGCUGUCAUGUUACUUCACCAACUGGGCCCAGUAUAGGCCUGGCCUGGGAAAAUUCAUGCCUGACAACAUCGACCCGUGCCUGUGCAACCAUCUGAUCUACGCCUUUGCUGGGAUGUCCAACAAUGAGAUCACAACUUACGAAUGGAACGACGAGAUCCUUUACAAAUCCUUCAAUGGCUUGAAGAACCAGAACAGAAAUCUGAAGACUCUGCUGUCUAUCGGAGGAUGGAAUUUCGGGACAGACAAGUUCUCCACAAUGGUUUCCACUCCCGAGAACCGCCAGACCUUCAUCAAGUCCGUCAUCAAAUUCCUGCGCCAGUAUCAAUUUGAUGGGCUGGACAUUGACUGGGAAUACCCUGGGUCCAGGGGCAGCCCACCCCAGGACAAGACUCUCUUUACCGUCCUGGUUAAGGAAAUGUUGGCAGCCUUUGAGCAGGAAGCCAAACAGGUCAGCAAGCCCCGUCUCAUGGUCACUGCAGCUGUUGCUGCAGGACUUUCCAACAUUCAGGCUGGCUACCAGAUUCCUGAGCUUGGAAAGUACUUGGACUACAUCCAUGUGAUGACUUAUGACUUCUAUGGCUCCUGGGAUGGACAGACUGGGGAGAACAGCCCUCUGUACAGUGGCAGUAACAGCUACCUCAGUGUUGAAUAUGCUAUGAACUAUUGGAAGAAUAAUGGUGCUCCAGCUGAGAAGCUCCUUGUUGGAUUCCCAACCUAUGGACAUAACUUCUACCUCCAAAACCCAUCUGACACUGCUAUUGGGGCACCAACAUCAGGACCUGGGCCAGCUGGACCUUACACAAAGCAGGCUGGAUUCUUGGCUUACUAUGAGAUCUGCAUGUUCCUGGACUCUGGAGCCACCCAGGCUUGGGAUGUCCCCCAGGACGUGCCCUAUGCCUACAAGGGCAAUGAAUGGGUUGGCUACGACAACAUCAAGAGCUUCAACAUCAAGGUUGACUGGCUGAAGAACAAUUUUGGAGGUGCUGUGGUUUGGGCCCUUGAUCUGGAUGACUUCACUGGCACUUUCUGCAAGGAAGGCAAAUAUCCCCUGAUCACCACUCUGAAGAACGGUCUUGGUCUGCAAAAUGGCGACUAUGUGCCUCCAACUCAGCCCAGUUCUCCAGUCACUGAAGCUCCUGGUAAUACAGCUGGAAGUGGGAGUCAGGGCUCUGGUGUUAGUGACUUCUGUGCUGGCAAGGCCAAUGGCAUCUAUGCAGAUGCAACCAACAAGAACAUCUUCUACAACUGCGCUAAUGGCAAAACCUUUGUGCAGAGCUGCAAUGACGGUCUCAUCUUUGAUACCAGCUGCUCCUGCUGCAACUGGCCAUGAAGAUACCAAUGCUAUUACAGCAAACAGACCCAU